AUGACACUUAUCUCCAUUAGCCCGGACACCCUCACCACCGGAUACAAGGUCUCAGGGAUUUAUCCUCCUCGAAAAUCCAGGCCAGAACUACCACGCCGGGCUCUGCACAACUGGUGUUCCUCCAAGGCGGACUCUUUUGCCAAUAACUUGACUUGUAUUAUUUUUAGUGAAAUAUCAUGUAGCAAGCUGCUCCUAAAAUAUUUCCAGUCUGGAGUGCUGGGAUUAGACCUGCAUUAUGAUGUCCUCUGCUCCUCCCCUUUAUGCUCCACAGGUUUUUCCACAAACAUCGAAGCAGAGAUCAAAGCCUAUCUUCCCCUUGGAGACCCAGGGACACGUUUUCCUCCACAGAGAUUUGGAGCAAGUCUGGGGUUGAGCCUCCAGGUUGCAAAGUGUCCUCUCAAUCCUGGUCCCUCCAUCAAUUUUAUGGUUCUCCGCCUCACCAUUAAUGCAUCCUUGGCCUCUCACAAUGAAAGGAGAAUGACUGGCGGCAUAAGCAGCUCUACGAGCAUGGACUCAGAUAAAGAUUUGCGUCCUACAUGUACGGUGCCCCCAGAAAAGGAGCUGCCUCUGUGUCAUCACACUUGGUGGCAGGACGCCCAUUUCCGCUCAGGCUCAGGCUGCUCCACGCCAAUGUGCUCACCUGGCUCACCACCGUGGAAAAGACUCACAUGGAAACAUCUGGCCUCGAAUUAUUGCUGGAACGAACCUGGGAACCAUCCCACCACCAGCAUCACCGCCACCAGCACCACCACUACCACCGGCCAUCGCCAGCACAACUGCCACCAGCACCAUCAGCACCACCGCCGCCACCACCACCACUGCCACCAGCACCAGCACCACCACCACCAUCUCCACUGCCACCAGUACCACUGCCACCAGCACCACCACCACCACUUUCACCAGCACCAGCACCACCAGCACCACCACCGCCACUGCCACCAGCACCACCACCAUGCACAUGCACAGCCUCUGCAAAGUCUAAUCUGAACUCAGAAUGUUGCAAGAGCCCACCUGAGAGUUGUGUGACCAAACCUCAGUCCAAGAGCCAAAGCAUUUAACCCGCUGGCAUCCAACAGUUCAGAAAAUGAACUGAAUUUAGAACGCCAAGGAAGCACUGAAGUUCUUUCCUUUCUGUUUGAGGCCCUUCUGGACAUCACAGCAUUCAACAAAGCAACAUAACUGACAAGCAGCAAUGGCCAAAGUGAAUUCAGUUUUGCAAAUGAGCGAGGCUCUUUGCUUCUCCAUGGAUUUGCCCUGCAGCUGCCACUCACUGACAAGCGACAGAACCAGGCUGUGUCACACAUUUGAGGGAUGACUUCAGGACUCCCCACAUUUGGCUGCUCCUGGUCUCAGACCAUCAGAAAUAGUCGACUUUGGCCACUUUUUUUUUUUUCUAUAAACUACCCCAGAUUAAAACCUCUUUUGCCCCCAACAGUUUGUUCCCAGAACAAGGUAUUUCCAAGUAAAAGGCAAUUAUGUGAAAUCUACCAUCAGGCCACAGAAAACAGAGUAAACAUUUAAUAAAUUUAAACAAUCAUGCCUGUAUUUCUGCUUUGUUAGCUUAAAGCAACUCACGGACUCCAAGUAUGUAUCCCUUCGGUGCCAACAUCAGGCAGCUGCAAAUGUGCAGAAAGAGCACCUAGAAGCCAAUUCCAAGAUUUCAGGAAAGCUCACAGAAAGAGCAUGCUUCUCCAUGAUAAGACUGCAGAGGCUAACUAGCACAUCUGGGGUCUGUACUUCAGGCUGGAGUUAUAUCAUCCACACGGAGUAGAUAUUCUUUUUAAAAAUCUUAUGCUGAUCCACAGUUUUGAUUAGCAGUUAUCUAAAUCUCCAAUUAAAAAAAAGAUAUAACAUUUUUUUUUCACACCAAAUGUCAUUUGGUAGAUUUUAUAUUUCCCAACAUGGGAUCCAGGAGAUGACAAUAGCUAAAGGAGUCCUUGAGGGUGAAAAUAUUGGAAACUACUUAGAAGUUAUUCUCAGGAAAUAAUUGAGAAAAAUGUAGCCACAAAACAAUUUAUCACAGCCCCACCUGUGAGAUGGGAAAUUCAAAGCCACAGGAAAGACCAGUAACAGAAGAUUUAUCAAUAAAUGAUGACACACGUACAUAGUGCAAAUACCAAGCACUCCUUAAAGGUUGCCGCACAUGCGAAUUUAUCAAAAUGGGAAAAAAUGUUCAUAAUGUAUCACUAAGUGAGAGAUAACAGGUUGCAAAGCAGUUUAAUGAUGAGUGUAAACCGAAGGAAGGGGUUGUCUCUAGAUGGUAGGAUUGUGUGGGUUUUAUAAUUUUCAUUUGAUUAUCUAUAAUUUCUAAGUUUUCUCUGUGCCUUUGUAAUAAAAAAUGAAGUGAAAGAUAAAUAAAUAUAUAAAUGUUUAUAUAUUUUAUAUCUUGAUAUAAUAUAUCAUGACCAGGAGAGAUGGGGCAAAUCAUGAUGCUAACCAACAGAAAGAUACAUGGUUAUCAAAAAUGUAAAUAAAAUAGAAUAAAAGACUGUUGAAAUAAAUACAUAGUGAGCUUGAGAAAAUCCAAAGCAUGGAAUCUGGCUAACCUGUGUCUUUGCUCCUCUCGUCUAGAAUUUUCUCCUCACUGCCCACUCCUACUCCCAAGUGCAGGAAGCUUUCUUUGACUUCCCUAUGGCCCUGCUUUUGAAAAUUCCUUUGCACUAAUUUUCAGAAUUACAUUAACCAUUUUGUCACACCUUUCCUAAGGUGGCCACGUUUAGUUUUGUACUAAUGUUAGCCUUUUUUCCCUAGUUCUUUCCUUUUUUCCCUCUUAUUCUCCAACUGGCUUGAAGACCCUUUAAGUAUCCUUAUAGUUUUGUUUUGUUUUUCUAGUGUGCCCUAUCUCCCUACUUGGAUCUCAUCACAAUAUGGACCAUAAUCAAUAUGGAUGUGCCCUGCACGUCAUCAGCAUUCGAUAAACACCUACAUGACCUUUUCCUUUUUUUACCAGACCGUAAAUGUCUUGUGGGAUGGGCCAUGCCCUGUUUAUCUUUGCACCUCCUUUAGUGUCUUAUGAUAACUUAUACAAAUA